CUUAGGUGAGGCGAGAAAAAUAUAUAAGUCAACGUUGAAUCAUGCCAGAACUGUGGGAUAUGAUUAAUACUGGUGGUCAAACAUCACCCACCAAAUGAAAUUAUUGAUGAACUUGAACUUGAUUUUGCAAAAGCACUCAUAAAUAGUCAACCACUCAACCAGCUGAACCAAGCCAUUUCGAAGUCAACAUUCAGCUCUGUAACUCUUGUCUCCAGCCACUGUGAUUUAAUUUAUAUGUAUUAUAUAUAGGGAACUGAAUUCUAGAGGCCGGCAUACGAGAGCGAAAACAAAAGAAACAUCAAAAUGUUAGUGUCGUCAACAAUGCAUCUAUUAAGCAUGUGUGUCCUGUCUUUGGUUUUAUCUUGCUGUCAGGGAAGGGAAGAUCCGAAUUUCCGGAUUCGAGCAGUUAAUCUAGGAGGUUGGCUUGUGACCGAAGGUUGGAUUAAACCUUCCCUUUUUGAUGGCAUCGUCAACAAAGAUUUUCUGGAUGGAACUGCACUUCAGUUUAAGUCAGUAACAACCGGGAAAUAUCUUUCCGCCGAGCAAGGUGGAGGAAGUAUCAUAGUUGCCAACCGGACAACUGCUUCUGGUUGGGAAACCUUUAGACUGUGGAGGAUCAAUGAGACAGCUUUUAAUUUUAGGGUCUUUGGGAAGCAAUUCAUUGGAGUUGACACGGACGGGAAUGGGAUUGGCAUAGUAGCUAUCUCAAAAGCUCCUGGACAUUCAGAGAUCUUCGAGAUUUUGCGGAACUCCGAUGAUAAGAACCGGGUUCGGAUCAAAGCUUCAAAUGGGUACUAUUUACAGGCAAAAACAGAAGAAGUGGUGACGGCUGAUUCACAAGGAAAUAAAGGAUGGGGAGACGAUGAUCCAUCAGUAUUUGUGAUGAAGAUGACAGGAAGGUUGGAGGGCGAGUUUCAAGUGACCAAUGGCUAUGGCCCUGAAAAUGCUCCACAAGUCAUGAGGGAGCAUUGGAGGACAUUCAUUGUGGAAAAAGACUUCAAAUUCAUAUCACAAAAUGGGCUAAAUGCUGUGAGAAUACCAGUAGGAUGGUGGAUCGCCAGCGAUCCGACACCACCUCCGCCCUUUGUUGGCGGCUCGUUGCAAGCAUUAGACAAUGCCUUCCAAUGGGCAAAGAAAUAUGGAUUAAAAGUUAUAAUUGAUCUACAUGCUGCACCUGGUUCACAAAAUGGUUGGGAGCACAGCGGUUCCAGAGAUAGCUCCCAGGAAUGGGGCAAAACAGAUGAAACCAUAACCCAAACAGUAGCUGUCAUAGAUUUCUUAGCAUCCAGAUAUGCAAACAGCCCAAGCCUUUAUGCAGUCGAGCUCAUCAACGAGCCCCUCUCACCGGGAGCAACACUGUCGAGCGUGAUCGAAUACUACAAAGCCGGUUACGCAGCCGUGCGUAGGCACACUUCAACAGCUUUCGUGGUGAUGUCGAACAGGCUAGGACCGAUGAAACCGAGGGAGCUGUUUCCGAUCGCCAGUGGCUUUAAGCGAUCUGUUAUUGAUGUACAUUAUUACAACCUUUUCGAAGACAUGUUUAACAACAUGACUGUCCAACAGAACAUUGAUUUUGUAUACAACAAUCGGUCCUCGCAGCUGAAUUAUGUUACGACAUCUAAUGGUCCUCUAACUUUUGUCGGGGAAUGGGUGGCUGAGUGGCAAGUUGUUGGAGCUGGUAAAGAGGAUUACCAACGGUUGGCGGAGGCUCAAAUGGAGGUGUAUGGGAGGGCAAGUUUUGGUUGGGCAUACUGGACUCUGAAGAACGUUAACAAACAUUGGAGCCUGGAAUGGAUGAUCAACAAUGGCUAUAUCAAGCUUUAGGGUUUAGGCCCGUCGGCUCUGGACUUGGGGCAUCAAUAGGAGCAUCUCUUGGUAGGCAAUAAAGGCUGCAAUAUUAACAUGUUCCCAAUUCUCAACCCAAAAAGCAGCCAUAAAAUAAAAAAGGCUUGUAUUUUCAAAUUACAAAAAUGUAUAUAUUAUCUUUUCAAUUUGUCAUCAUAA